AUGUUCGCCCGUCUAUCUUCAAGGGUCCUCACUCCUUUCCGUUUCCCCAGACUUUCUGUUGUCCCUGUCACAGGUGCUUCGCGAUCCUUCACCAUGGCCUCCGAUCCCUCCACCUAUAAGUUGAACCACACGAUGUUGCGGGUCAAGGACCCCCAGCGAUCGUUGGAGUUCUACAAGUUCCUCGGUAUGAGCGUGGUCAUCAAGAUGGAUGUCCCGGAAGGAAAGUUCACAAACUACUUCCUGGCCUAUACCGGCCCGAAGUCUCUGAAUGGAGAUUGCCACUUUACCGAUCUCCAAGGUACCGUCGAACUCUGCCACAAUUGGGGUACCGAGAACGACCCCGAGUACAGUGUCGUCAACGGCAACACCGAGCCACACCGAGGCUUCGGCCAUCUCGCCAUCUCCGUCGACAACAUCGAAGUCGCUUGCAAGCGGAUCGAGGAUGCCGGAUAUACGUUUCAGAAGAAGUUGACCGAGGGUCGCAUGCGACACAUCGCCUUUGCGAAGGAUCCCGAUGGAUACUGGGUCGAGAUCAUUAAGCGGGCCGAGGAGAAUCUGUCCACCACCACCGACCCGGGCACCUACCGCAUGAACCACUCCAUGCUGCGUGUCAAGGAUGCCGAGGCCAGUCUCAAAUUCUACCAAGAGUCUAUGGGUAUGACCUUGGUUCGCACAGUCGAGAACCCGGAUGCCAAGUUUAAUCUGUACUUCCUGGCUUAUGCAAAGGUCCCCGCGGACGGCAAAACCUCGGACAUGGAGGGACUGCUGGAAUUGACUUGGAAUUAUGGCACCGAGAAGCAGGAUGGUCCCGUGUAUCACAACGGCAACACCGCGCCCCAGGGCUUCGGUCAUAUCUGCAUCUCCACCGACGAUCUUCAAGGCGCAUGCGAUCGCUUCGAAUCUCUCAAGGUACCUUUCAAGAAGCGUCUCACCGAUGGCAUGAUGAAGAACAUCGCCUUCAUUCUGGACCCUGAUGGAUAUUGGAUUGAGGUGAUCCAAAAUGAACGGAUCAAGCGCACCUCCAACUGCGGCGACCGCAGCAACCGCAUCCCCCCAGCUCGAAGCCCAGCGCAACAACCGCCAACCCCCACGGUCUAUCUUUCGCCAUCGAAAUCCUCCCCGCAAAAAGAAGAGAACAGACGCAGGAACAGCAUUCCAACCAUGUCGCCGGACCCCGAGAAGCCCAAAAAGACGCCGCGGAAGCAUGUUACGACCGCCUGUGUCCCUUGCCGGGAAAGCAAAAUCAGGUGUGACGGUUCCAUGCCGCAUUGUCAGAACUGUGAACGAAAGGGCAAGGAAUGCAAGUACCAGCAUGGCGACGACAAGCGGAAGGUAUCUCUAAGAGCUGCCACGGAGCUCUUUUCAGCCAGAAUCGACCAGCUAUGCCAAUUCAUCGAGGAUCAAGGCUUAGUGCCCCCUCCGAUGGAUCUAGAAGAUGAGGCCGGUAUGAACAGAGUCUUAGACACUCUACAAAUUCCACGCGGAGUCGCAAAGAAUACGACUCUUUCUACAAGUGACCAAAAAUCAGCAGACGAGAUAAGCCCGCCAUUUCACUCCAGGCCAUCCCCGACAACAAGCCCACCACAAACAGCUCAGCCCGGGCAGUCCCAACCCUCAGUCGAAAAAGAGAAUUCCAGCUUAUCGCCUUCGCACAGCAUCGUCGCGAACCAACAAACCGGGGUUUCUCCCUCUGUGGAACCCUGGAACCCUUACGGUAUGGUGCGGGGUGCGCCUGAUAACCAAAACUUUGUACAUUGGGGAUUCACCCUACCCAACGCGGAAAGCCUGGAGAACAUAUACGCGAAUAUCAACGGGGGGUCAGGGAUGAUGGCCAACACAGAUCUUAGCCCGGACACUUUCCAACUCGGCAUGGACAUGGUUCAACAACCAGGCGUUUUACUGGGUCAGGCGCCGACGAAUCUAUCGCACCAGGAUCAUGAUUCCGACAGUGACGAGGAAAACCCAGCAGAGAGCGACGUGAUUGAGCAAUUGUCCAAUCGCAUCGGGACUUUGAAAAUCGCCGGCGAUGGUCAUUUGCGUUUUUAUGGCGCCACUUCGAAUCUUAAUCUCGUCGAUGUUUCUGCGACGCAGCAGCGGCAACGGCCCGAUGCGCGAACCGUGCGUCAUGAUGGCCAGGAUAUCCUUAAUCAUCUUCGCGUUGGUCAGCCGGUUGAUCAGGCCUUGGAGGAUCACCUGGUUGAGCUGUUUUUUACUUGGCAAAAUCCUAGCAUUUACGUCGUUGAUAAGGGGAUGUACAUGACGGCGCGAACAAAAUGGCGGGAAGAAUAUGACGAUACCCCAUUCUACUCGGAGGUUCUUACGAAUGCGAUGUGCGCAAUCGGAAGUGCCUUCGAAGCGCGCUACCAUCCCACAUUUAUCACGUUUCCUAAAUCGUUGGCCGACUUUUUCGCAGAUCGAGCAAAGGCUCUUCUAGAAAUUGAACUAGACACACCUUGUGUUGCGACGGUUCAGGCACUCGUUCUUUUGAGUUGCCACGAGGGUGCAUCUAACCGUGACGCUCGUGGCUGGCUUUAUAGCGGGAUGUCGAUGCGGCUUGCAUUUGAUCUUGGACUGCAUUUAGAUAUGACGACCUAUGUGAAUAAUGGUGAAGUUAGCGCCCACGAGGCGGACGUUCGACGAACAGCUUUUUGGGGCAGCUAUGUCGCUGAUCACUUUUGGGGCUUCUACUUGGGCCGACCAUUCCGGAUGACUGCGGGAGACAUUACUGUCCCGAAACCUGCUGCCACGAUCGGGGCGGAUAAAGACGCCAUUUGGCACCCAUACGGACUCCCGAAAACACCGGAUCCUCUUGGAGACGGUCUCAGAGACACCACUGAACUGAUUUGCCGGCAGUUCGUCAUUCUUUUGGGAGAUGAUCUCUCCCGUAGGACACAUCUUGUGAGUGGCACCAACAUAUAUUGGGUCUCGCCUAUAUCUAACCCGAGGUUCCCAGAAGACCUUUUCGCCUGGAAAACGAAUUUGCCAUCUACUCUCCAGCUCGAUAUUGAUGACGAUGCAACACCGCGACUACCCCAUCUGUUAAUACUCCAUAUGCAAUACCAUCAAAUCAUAAUCUUCUUCCAUCGACCAUGGGUAUCCAAGAAUUACAUCCAACCACGCAGCCCCCGCCAGGGACCAGGCUACCAUCACGCAAGACGCAUGUGCGUCGAAUCAGCCACCGCCAUCGCCCGACUCCUCCACAUCUACGAAAAGCACUACUCCUUCCGCCGAAUGAACAAUCAAGUCGUGGCAAUAAUCUUCAGCGCUGCACUGAUGCUCCUCUUCGUCACCGUCUCCAGCUCCCCACUUAUGCCCAGCAAACCCGGCGAAAUCAGCCAACCACACCCUCGCAAUGCCGAAAUGGUCGCCUAUCUGAACCUUUGCUUCCGCGCCCUCGAUGAGCUGGGCCAGUCGUUUGAAAACGCGAAACGCACCAGGGACUUCCUCGUUACCCUUCAACGACGCUGGCAAGCUCAUAUGCAUCGAUCAGGCCCAGCUUCAAAGAGACAUCUAAGCAGCGCGAAUCUUGCUUCCCUCGACUCACAGAAACAUUCAUCGACUCGUGACUCAAGUCGGCAUGAUGGUCUCGCAUCUGAUUCCUUGCGGAAGAAAUCGCGCCUCUCAAAUAAUCUUGAUAUUUCUCAAUCGCAGCAGAUACAGGCUUCCAUGACUGCGCCUUCUGCUGGAAACGCAUCUUUCGAGACUCAUCAAAAAAAUCCUUCUCAGCAGAACCAGUCUCCUUAUAAUCAGCAGCAGCAACAACAACAUCCCUUUACCGUCCCGUCGUCCGAUGACCUCGAUUGGAACUAUCACUCCGACCUCAACGCCAUAAACGCAAUGGCAGUACCGCAAUUCACCAAUGAUCCCGGUAUGCUUCCUGAUCUCGGUGAUCUUGAGGGAUGGUGGUCGCCGACCGGUAAUUCAUCUGGACUGGGUGGGGCGAAUUUAUAG